CCCGCGCGCCCUCCGUAUGUAAAUGAGGGGCCCGCGCCGGUAGGCGACCGGCGGCUCCGCGCGGCGCGGCGCUGUUGGCUGCGCGCGGCGCCGGCAGGAGCGCGCGGGAGCCGGCAGAGCGGGGCCCGGGCCGCCCGCCGCCACGUGCCAUGGAGCUGGAGGAGCUGGGCAUCCGGGAGGAGUGCGGCGUGUUCGGCUGCAUCGCCUCCGGCGUGUGGCCCACCGAGCUGGACGUGCCCCAUGUGAUCACGCUGGGGCUGGUGGGGCUGCAGCACAGGGGCCAGGAGAGUGCUGGAAUUGUGACAAGUGAUGGAGAGUCAUCCCAGGCAUUCAAAGUGCACAAGGGAAUGGGUCUUAUAAAUCACGUCUUCAAUGCAGACAGCCUGAAGAAGCUGUACGUUUCAAACCUUGGUAUUGGGCACACGAGGUACUCCACCUCGGGAAUUUCUGAGCUGCAGAACUGCCAGCCUUUUGUCGUAGAGACUCUUCAUGGGAAGAUCGCUGUGGCGCACAACGGGGAGCUGACAAACGCUGUACGGCUCAGGAGGAAGCUUAUGCGGCAUGGUGUAGGACUGUCGACCAGUUCCGACAGUGAGCUGAUCACCCAGCUGCUGGCUUUCACACCUCCUCUAGAAAACGACGAUACAGCCGACUGGGUAGCAAGAAUAAAAAAUUUAAUGAAUGAAACUCCAACUUCAUAUUCAUUGCUAAUUAUGCAUAAAGACAUAAUCUAUGCAGUACGUGAUCCAUAUGGGAAUCGUCCACUCUGCAUUGGUCGCCUUAUUCCAGUAGGGGACAUGAAUGGAAAAGGAAAAGAUAACAGUGAAACAGAAGGAUGGGUAGUCUCUUCUGAAUCCUGUAGCUUUUUGUCUAUUGGUGCAGAGUACUAUCGUGAGGUCCUUCCCGGAGAGAUUGUGAAAAUAUCCAGAUACGAUGUCCAGACACUGGAUGUUGUACCAAGACCUGAAGGAGAUCCAUCAGCAUUCUGCAUCUUUGAAUAUGUUUAUUUUGCAAGACCAGACAGUAUUUUUGAAGGUCAGAUGGUGUAUUCCGUCAGGAAGAGAUGCGGGCAGCAGCUUGCUAUUGAAGCACCUGUGGAAGCAGACCUGGUCAGCACUGUUCCUGAGUCUGCAACCCCAGCAGCUCUUGGUUAUGCUCAAAAGUGCGGACUACCGUAUGUUGAAGUACUCUGUAAAAACCGAUAUGUAGGAAGAACAUUUAUCCAGCCGAAUAUGAGGUUACGGCAACUUGGUGUUGCAAAGAAGUUUGGGGUUCUGUCUGAUAAUUUUAAAGGCAAACGAGUUGUUAUCAUUGAUGAUUCAAUUGUGAGGGGAAAUACCAUUUCACCUAUAAUAAAACUGCUGAGAGAAUCAGGAGCCAAAGAGGUGCACAUCCGUGUGGCUUCGCCUCCCAUAAGAUUUCCUUGUUAUAUGGGAAUAAACAUUCCAACUAAAGAAGAACUCAUUGCCAACAGACCUGAAUUUCAUGAUCUUGCAAACUAUAUAGGAGCUGACAGCGUUGUUUACCUUUCUGUCGAAGGGCUGGUAUCAUCUGUGCAAGAAAGCAUCAAGGCAAGACAAGAGAAUGAGAACAGCCUCAAAAGCCACAAGUUUCGUGUUGGAAAGAUUGGCCAUUGCACGGCGUGUCUCACUGGCGAGUACCCCGUAGAGCUAGAAUGGUGAAUUUUCAGAGGAUGGACAUCAGCUCAUCUGUUCUUGAAUGUACCUUUUUCAAAAAUGCCUCCUUGCCAAUAGCCUUCUUACAUUUAGGUAAUACGGAAACCUUAUUACAGCUAAUUAUUGUUACUAAUGUUACAUCAUUAAAGACUUCCAGAAAGUCCAAUCUGCUGAUGAAAAUGAUGGAAGCAGAUUAAAAUACAAAAUCAUAUAGUUUUGUUGCACAGUUCUGUUUUCUCAUUAAAUAUUAUAAAACCCAAAGUUUUAUAAAUUUUGUAGCAGACCCAGAGUUGUUUGUUUCAGCCUUGCCCUGAAAGUUGCCCUAUUAGGCUUGUCCACAAAUUUUGAGUCAUUUGGUAUAAUUUCUAAUUAUCAAGAGUCUUAAUGCAAAAGUAUGUGAAGUUUGAUUUUUGCCUUAGGGAAGAUACCAGAUUCUGAAGAAUCACACUGCUUCCUCAGCAGUUCUUGCUUAGGCUUUAAGAAUAGAAGUACCUAACUUUUGCAUAUGUAGCUAAACAGCCUUUACUAAUCAAGCCCUUUGUAACAGAUUCUAGGAACAUCAUGUCUAGCAUAUGCUUUUAAAACAAUGAAGACUCAGGGAAAUGCUCAGCCAAAGCUCUGUAGUUUUAUAACUUUAAAAUUAUUUUUCUAAGUCCAAUGUAUUUACACUCUUUGUGUACUUCUAUCAGUUGCCAAUAGGAUGUAGGAGAAGAAAAUAUUUGGCACUGCCAUGGGGUUUUUUUCCUUUUACAUCUUGUUUUCUCUAGGAUUACUCCUGACAAUUUCAGAAGUCCUAGCUGUCAACAUGCAAAGUAAACUGAAAAAUAAAGUCACUUUUCAUUUUUAAUGGUAAAAACAAUACAUUGACUGAAAAGGAUGAGUUGUUUUGGUUUGAUAUAGUCUUAUUUUACUACAUUACUGCUGUUACAAUAAAUGUAAUUUUUUUUUAAAAAAAAGAGUUCUGAAGAACCAUUUAGCUAUUGAAUAAAUUGUAUUUUUUAACUGGUCAAAAUUACAUGGUUACUUGUAUACACUUGGACAACAAACCACUAGCUGAAAAUGGAAAAGCACCUUUUGAAAACUAUUGCAAAUUUACACACAAUAGUGAAAAUAUUUUGCAUACCUCAGGUUUUUUUCACUGAAUACCAGCAACCUAAUUUUAAAUAUUCUAUUUAAUAUUGUGUAUUUUGGCCUUCUAAUUCUGACACUAUUAAAAAAAUUAAUAGAGAAGUUUAAGAGCUUCCUUCUUCCCCAGCAUCUUCGACAUAGUUGAGAAUUACAGCACUGGCGCUUAAAUUCAAAAAGGAGCCUCUUAUAUGGGAUUUGUAGCAAUUGUGCCUGAUAGACAACGAGAACACAGAAGUCCAGAUUCAAGAAUACAUUUAAACAAGUCAAGACUGUGCAUCAUGCAGUGGAAACAGAACCUACUCGCAGUCAAGCCUAUGGGAGAAUCCAGAUAUUCAUGAGUGCCGGGCUCUUACUGUGCGGUGUUCGCCAAAGCCCAGAUCUGCGUAUCGGGCGACGUGCAUGGGUUUCUUCUGUCUAACGAGCAAGUUUGUAAAAAACAGUCAUUAAUCUUUUCUACCUUUCUUCCUUCCUGCCCUCAAAAAAGAAGGGAAGCUCUUAGGGAUAAUUAAAAAAAAAAAAAAAAAACAACAGUUAACUUGAGCUCUUAGGUUAUAGGUAUCUGUGAGGAGUUCUUUCUACUUGAGACAAAAUCUCAGGUGCAUAGUUUAACAUGGUUGCAAGCUGAAGUUUAUUGAUUUAUAUGAAAUUGUCUAUAGAACAGAUUGUAAAUUAAACUUGUGCAAAUACUCUUUUAACAUGUUUUCAACAGAAGUGGUAUUUUUGAAGACUGGUAAUAAUUGCUUAAAUGUGAUCUGAGAAUUACGUGGCAUAAUUCUGAUUUGAAUAAAAGGAAUCCCAGUGCCUUUUUUCCCUGCACGUUAUGCAUUUGAAAUUACAAGGUCUGCUACUGUAAGCACUGUAAUUUUUAGAUACACUACAUGCCUGAUCUUUACUACAUAGUUUUCACAACUUUAAGCUAAAAAGGAGAUACUUUUCAAGUGCCAUUUUUUUCUCUGACAGAUGGAUUUAUGCUUUGGGCUACCAGGCCUUUUGUAUCCCAUACAGCAAACACAUACUUGCAAUGGGUACGCUGAGGGAGAAAAGUUCCUCUGGUUUUAGGUGUUGCUAUUUGUAUUAUUUUAACGUUUUACUGUAAAACUGUUUCUACUGUAUUACUAAUGUGAAACUGCGCCAAAUUAUCAUUUACAAAAUGUGACAAAACAGUACAAAGCUAAUGUCUAACUUCUCCCCUAUGAAAUAUUAAAAACGGUUACGAACUGG